AUGUGUUGUGUUUUUUUGUCCUUCCAGUCAGAUCCUGUCCUGCCCUCAGAGGAGGAGGUGGGCUCUUCAAUGACACCAUCCAUCCAUGAUGAGCCUGUCCUGCCCUCAGAGGAGGAGGUGGGCUCUUCACCGACACCAUCCAUCCAUGAUGAUCCUGUCCUGCCCUCAGAGGAGGAGGUGGGCUCUUCACCGACACCAUCCAUCCAUGAUGAGCCUGUCCUGCCCUCAGAGGAGGAGGUGGGCUCUUCACCGACACCAUCCAUCCAUGAUGAGCUUGUCCUGCUCUCAGAGGAGGAGGUGGGCUCUUCACCGACACCAUCCAUCCAUGAUGAGCCUGUCCUGCCCUCAGAGGAGGAGGUGGGCUCUUCACCGACACCAUCCAUCCAUGAUGAGCCUGUCCUGCCCUCAGAGGAGGAGGUGGGCUCUUCACCGACACCAUCCAUCCAUGAUGAGCCUGUCCUGCCCUCAGAGGAGGAGGUGGGCUCUUCACCGACACCAUCCAAUCAUGAUGAGCCUGUCCUGCCCUCAGAGGAGGAGGAGGGCUCUUCACCGACACCAUCCAUCCAUGAUGAGCCUGUCCUGCCCUCAGAGGAGGAGAUGGGCUCUUCACCAACACCAUCCAUCCAUGAUGAGCCUGCCCCCUGCACCCUGUCCCCUGUCCCCAGCCCCCUGUCCCCUGCACCCUGUGUCCAGCCCCCUGUCCCCAGCCCCCUACCCCAGCCCCCUGUCCCCAGCCCCCUGUCCCCAGCCCCCUGUCCCCAGCUCCCUGUCCCAGCCCCCUGUCCCCAGCCCCCUGUCCCCAGCUCCCUGUCCCCUGCACCCUGUCCCCAGCCCCCUGUCCCCAGCCCCCUGUCCCCAGCUCCCUGUCCCCAGCCCCCUGUCCCCAGCUCCCUGUCCCCAGCUCCCUGUCCCCUGCACCCUUCCCCUCCACCCUGUCACUUAUCCCCCCUGCAGCACUCCCCUACUCUACCCCCUUAA